UGGACUAUUUACAGUAAAUUAACUUAUGAGAGUUAGAAACGCGAUGUUUUUAAGUUUACUAAGGCCAUAGUUGAAGAAACACUACCGUAAAAUUGUAAGUAACGUUAAUGACAUUUUGCUGAUACCAUGUUACCGGUUUUUACUGUAUUAGGCAUAAUUAUAGCGUUCGAGUGAAAACUAUCGUUAACACGGUGCCUUUUUACUUUAACGGAGCGCGCGAGUGAUAGUAGGUGUGUCCAGGUAACGUUACCAUUUCCUGUAUCGUAAGCGCUGUGCUUAAUCGAAGUUUUGAAUCAGUAACCACAGGAACUCUCAAUGGCAUCAACGAGAAAGCAAAAAGAAGUGAAAAUGAAUUCAGAACUGUCCAACCAAGUACUUCUCCAGUAUGAAAGCCUCCAAAGAGAACAUGAGAAAAUCAAAAAGGAGUGUAAAAAAAUGCAAGAGGAGAGAGAUGAGGCCUUACGGAAGCUGAAAGAAUUUGAACAAGUGUCACACAGGGUGAUAGAGGAGGUGAACAACAUUCAGGAGAAUCUAGAGAUCGAGAAGACAUGCAGAGAGAGUGUAGAGGCUUUGGCUUCAAAGUUGAACAGACAGAACCGUUCUCUGAAGAGGAAGAGUAUGCUCUAUAUGUCCCGUCUUGGUGCUGAUGUCAUCGCCGACAUCAAGCUUGACGAUGAGGAUGAAGAAGAUCCACAGGAGGAGUCGUCAGGUGUCUGUAGCUCCUCUCACUGUCAGAUUGUCAUCACAGAGCUGAGGGAUAAACUAGAGGUGAUCCUGGCUGAGAAGAAGCAGAUAGUGAUCGAUCUGGAGGCAACAAGAGAGCAGCUCUGCCAAACUAAACAGGAGCUCCUGAAAGAGAAACAUGAUAAUACUGUUUUAAUAGCCGAAACAUUCCAACAAAAGAAACUCUUGGGAAAAUACAACAGAGUUUCUCAGUAUGCUCUAGAUGAGUUUGAGGCCUUGCAGGAAGAUCUAAAGCUUGAGAGGGACUUGCGUUCUGAAGCAGAGAAGUUUGCACAUGAGAUGCUAAUAGAACAGAAGAAGCUGAAAAGACAAAGCCAGAUAUUGAUCCAGACUGUGUCUCCAGCAGAAGCUCUGCAGAAAGCUCUCGCAGAGAUCAACUCACUGACACACACUCUAGAGACUCAGAGAUUGGAGCAUCAACAGCAGGUAAAAGCUCUUGAAGAACAGAUACACAGCAGUGAAUUAAAGAAGCAGAUGAUAGCAUUACAGAGACAGACAGAAUUGCUGGAGGAGGAGAAUAAAGAGUGGCAGCACAAACACACUAAAGCUGAAACUGAAGCCAAAGACCUCAGAUUCACAGUGGAGGAACUUAAAAAGAAGCUCCAGCAGAUCUCCAACCCUCCACCAGCUGCUCCAGCGCCCCCUCCGCCUCCCCCGCCCCCACCUCCUCCACCUCCACCCCCUGCCCCCUCAAGCAACCCACUCAGGAAGUUUGGACAGGACAUAUCGAAGGACUUGUCCUUUUGUCUUUUUUUCUUCUCUUUUUAUUGUUUAAUAGCCAGUAGCUAUUUUCUAAUUCUUUCUUUUAUCUCUGUCUCCUUCAGCUCAUUGCUGUCUAUACUUCGUAAGAAAAAAAAUGUGAGCACUGAAAUUGCAUUAGUGGAGAAAGACUCCUCUGAGAAAACGCCAGAGAAGGACAUCAAACAGCAAGCUGUGGAUGAGAUGAUGCAGCGAAUCAAAAACGGAGUUCAACUCCGACGCGUUACCCAGACAACCAACAGAGCCAGACCUGGACUGAAAGAACAGACACCGUCAAAUUCUGCCAUACAGGAACUUCAGGGAAUCUUGACUUCCGUCAAGCGCCCUCCUCCCUCCUCCUCGCCUGGGACACGCCCUCCAUCACCAUCACCGAAGUCCGAGCUAGAGAAAGCCCUGCACAGACGGAGGGAAGCAUUGAAGGCUGCAAAGAAUAACACAAAUCCCAGUAGUGUUCUGGAUCUGACGCAGAUUGAGCAAACCCAGCCAGAACCAGGCCAGCACACAAGGGAACAGGACACACCGCAACACACACCAACCACAGUAUGCACUGACCUACUCAAGCCCUCAUAGGAGCUCAUAGGUUGUGAGUAUCUGCUCUUUUAUGCAGAGCCAUAAAAUAAAGCACACACAAAAUAUGUCUUCCUGCACCAGCGCAAUUCAUCCAAACUAACCAAACACAUGUGACUAAAAAAUUGAAAUGCCUUGAGUUACAUACUAUUUUUAAAAUGCAAUACUUGCAGAAGUUCAGCCGUAAUGUGACUUGACAGCAGCAAGAAAAUGUGGGUGUUUUUUUUUUUUUUUUGGCUGGGUCAAACCAUUUAAUCCCAAUUGUUCAGCUAUUUUUUCUUUUUUGUUUGGUUCAAAAAUAGUUUCUAUAUUCAAUUUCCACAUCUUCCAAAUCCAUAACAGAAAAUAUUUUAUAUACUGUAUGAUUCAGCAUAUUAACAUAUAUUGUCAUUAAAAAAAGUUUAGUUUUUUUUAGAAAGAAAUGAAUACUUGAUCACUAAUUGAUCAAAAAGUGACAGUAAAGACUUUUACAUUGUAAAAAAAAAAAAAAAAAAGUCUCUUUCACAUGAAUGUCAUACUCAUCAAAGUAUCAAAGUUUCCACAAAAAUAUUAAGCAGCACAACUGUUUUUAACGUUGAUAAUAAUAACAAAUGUUUUUGAGCAGCAAAUCAGCAUAUUAGAAUGAUUUCUGAAGGAUCAUGUGACACUGAAGACUGGAGUAAUGUCUACUGAAAAUUCAGUUUUGAAAUCACAGAAAUAAAUUACAUUUUAAAUAUAUUAAACAGAAAACAAUUAUUUUAAAUUGUAUUAAUAUUUUAGAUUAUUACUGUAAUUUUGAUCAAAUAAAUGCAGUCUUAGUGAGCAUAAGAGACUGUUACAAAAACAUUUUAAAAAUCUUACCAACCCCAAACUUUUGAACAGUAGUAUACAUUCCAUUUGUACAAGAGGUUGCUUGAAUGAAAUAAAAAUCGCAAGAGAUCUCAGAUAUUAUAAUCUCAACAAUGUUGUUUAGCAAAUUUAAGCACAGUUUGAGACAAAGUCUGGGAUUUCAGGAUAACUCAAAUAUUCUUCACAUGUCUAAUUAUCUAAACUGUCUCAUCCACAGUCAUUUUUUAUCUUUAUACUAUUCCUGCAUGUCAACAAUUUGAGUCUGUUUUAGUUUUUUCUGGCUUAUUUCAGAAGAGACAAAAUUGAUACUUAAAGGGGUGGUAUCGCACACAGUUUCUGCCAAUCUCAUGUUAAUCUCGAGUACCUAUAGAGUAGUAGUGUAUCCUUCAUAUCUCCGAAAAGUCUUUAGUUUUAUCAUAUUUAUAAAAGAUACAUACGCUGUACCGAGUCUUUCCGAAAACAGCCGAGCGCCUGGAGGCGUGCCGUGUGAGCAGAGCUAAAGAGUGACAAGCACGCGCAGCUUUUGUGUAACGAUCGUCUGCGAGCUAUCAACGGUCAGCUAAACAAAUGUAUUUAAACACACACAAUACACCAUUGCAUUAUCCCUGGAUAACUUUUGAAUCACUGUAAUGAAUGAUGAAUAAUAAUUUAUGAAUUCACUACGUUCGUGUUGUUUACAUUAUAUGCACUUAGGCGCCUAUUGCCAACAAAACAGACAUUUGAAGCAGUUUUACUCACCACCUGCGGUUCCGACUCAUGACCGGGAUCAUUAUCGCUGUGACCGCUCCAUCUUUCAGUUUCAAACGAUCUGUAAAUCCAGCGUGGAACUGGGCCUUGUUUAUGAAACCAUAAGCGCCGAUCGUGAGGGCUCGAGCAGCCACGGAAAAACACAAGAUAUUCUCCAUUCAUUUUAACCAAUAAAAAAGUGAUUGCAACUAUCAGUUUCUAUGGUUAUUUUAAUAACAAAUAUCAAGAGCGCAUCAAUGUAAUGUGUGAGUACAAAACUCUCAGCUCCACUUAACGCUGGGUUCUUUGGGAAGCAAGGUUAUCUUUCCCUCACAACCAAAAACACACUUCUUUGGUGACAUUGUUGAUUUUGUAUAGUCCUGUGACCUGUGCAGCGCUGCCUGCCGACGACUUCCAUAAAGCCGAUCGCACGUUGAUGGGAGUGGCCUUGCUCUCUCACUCUGGUCGACAUGUGCGCGCGCGCUCUUCCGGAUGAAGUGCCCAUACAAGGAAUUAUGAACUUUAUGACGUUGCAAGGGCCCAUACUCGAAAAAAAAGAUUGCAAAGUUUAUGAGGAUUUGGAAUAGCAUUAUACCCCCCUUUUAAAACUGAUAAAUCUAUCCUCCUAAGCUGUGAAAGAGCAACCCCUGGGCAAUAACUUCUGUUUGUAAGAAACAUAUUAGUUGAAGUAUUAGCUUGAGAACAUGUACAGAUCUUUUAGUGGUAUAAUGUUUGAUUAUUUUCUUCGCUUUGAUGAACUUUGAAUGUCUAAAAGGUUUUAAUAGUAGUGAAACGAAAUCCCCUCAGUCCCACAGUCUUAUACUUUGGCUGGACCAUUCUCCCUGAACAAAGUCAUUGACACAUGCUUUGUUUAUGUGAGAAGCAUUUCUAGAGGGGCGUUGGUGACUAGCCUUGAACAUGCGCCAAUCUAGUGUGUUUUCAAAUGGCUUUGGCUAGACUAGUAUUAACCUUGUAAUGUCCCGCUCUGUAAUUACAAGCCACUAGUGUGAACUUAUCCCCCUUUAAAAAUAUUACUGUUUCUUGAACCUGGAUAUUUUUUCCUCAUUCAGCAUUGGUCUUUCUCUCACAGAAAUUGGUGUUUUCGCCAACAAUAGAGAAAAGAAACAAUUUUGGGUCAUCAAUCACACACAACUAUUAUUCCGGAGACAAAUUUUUAAAAUAACAGACAAUAAAUUGAUGCUAUUUAUACAUCUAUUGACUGAGCUGUAAUGAAAUGUGUUAUUCUUUUUCAAAUUGUUCACAUGCCAACAUGACAAUAAAGCACUAUUGAAUGGAAUAUAUAAAGCAGUUUAGUUUAAAUGGGUGGCUUAAGUGUCUGAAGCUUUGUGAAAGUGUGUAUAGCCACGGGCCUGAGGAGGUUUCAUUUAUGGCCACCCUGAAGAGACAUUGUGAGAGGUGGCUGAUCUUUGUGACACUCUAAAUUCUUCAUUAAGGAGGCAAGAUUUUGGCAAGAUUUUCGUAAGGUGCUGUUAUACAGAAAAAUACUUUGGUUUAGGUAGAAAUGAACCCCUUUUCUGGAGCUAAACACAUGCAAAGACAACAUAAGACUCUUCUUUUGAAACAUCAAUGGAAAGAGCAAUUUUUUAAAGGUUCAUGAUAUUUCUUUUCAGUAUGAAGUUCAAAAUGUUGAUGUAGUCAAAUCAUGAUUGCACAUGAUUGCACAUUUCUAUAGUUUUUUCUUCUUUUCCCCCCAUCAAGUGCAAUUUAAAAACACUCAAUUUUUUUUAUUAAUAUUACAUGAAAGCUACUAGAAAAAAAAUAUCCGAUAAUGCCGUUUUAAUGCCCUUCAAUACACUACUGUUCAAAGGUUCUGAAAGGAGUCUUUAAAGCUCACCAAGGCUGCAUUUUUUUUUAGCAAAAAUACAGUAAAAACAGUAAUGUUGUGAUCCUUCAGAAGUUAUUCUAGAAUGCUGAUCAAUGUUGAAAACCGUUGUGCUGCUUAACAUUUUUGUGGACACUGUGAUACUUUUUUUUUCAGGAUUCUUUGAUAAAUAGAAAGUUCAAAAGAACAGCAUUUAUUUGAAAUUAAUUUAAUGCAGCCUUGCUCUUAAUAACAGUAUUAAUUUCUUUAAAAACAAAUCUUACUGAUGGUAGUGUGUGCAUAAAGCUAAUCAAAACAAAUAAAUAAAAAAAAAAUUAAAGUGAAUAAGGUCUUUCAGACCUUGAUGGGAUGUAAAGGUCUUUUUGGUAGUCUACAAGGCUGGAAAAUCAUUCAGGAUGGCUUUAAAGCAUCUCCUGUUGACUUGAGGUCAGUGAUUAAAUGUUUGCUUGGUUCAUUCACUGGCAUUUUGGAUGAACAACUUCUAUGUUUCACAUUGUCUGCUGUGAAUUUGAUCCUUGAAAUUUUGCAUCUUUCCCCAUCCACUCCACAGAGAAGCAUUUUAUUCUGUCCUAAACGCACACUAGAUCAGAUUUAUACAAUGGUGUGACGUUUGUCAUGCCUCGUUACACAACAGGAUUUCAUUUCCUCCGGUGAGCUGCAGCUGCUGUGAUGUUGUUGUGCAGUGAAACAAGAGAUGUGUGUGUCUGUGCUAAGGCUCAGUGACGCCUUUCCACUGCUUUCACACACUUAGGCACAAUUUCCAGUGCGGCUUAGAACUCUUCAUGGGGUUAAAUCUUCCCGGACACAAGAUGAAACUUUAUUCCCUGCUCACUCUCUCUUUCUUCCCUUUUCUCUCCCUUUUACUCUGUUCCUCACCUUACCCUGGUCUGCAACAGAGAAUAACACACACUGUACACUCCAAUUCAGGGCUGUUUUUGAGAAGUGUUCUGUGUCAUUGUGAAUUGAAGAGCUUUGUGGAAUUUUUCCAGAUAUAGUUUCAAGCCUAAGGAAAGCCAUGAGGUUGUUUGUAAUGCCACACAUUGUGAAUCUGGGAAACAACAAUAAACUACUGUUGUUCAUGAAAAACAAUAUAUAUUGUUAUUGUUAUAUAUAGAUAUUUCAAGAGUUUAGGUUUAAAAGUCUUUUGUAAAAGCUAAGAUGUAUUUUGUAUGCAUUUUCUCCAUUGGUACACCUUUAUUUAUGAAGCAUUCGUUGGUGUGUUGCCUCCAUAUUUAACAAUACAUGUUAAUGUUCCAUCAGAUUUAAGUUACAUCUUAUGAUCGGCUGAAAUGACAAAUUCUAGUGUUUUUAAAUGAUUUCUGGAAAUUUUAAACAAAUUUAGUCACUGUUUUAGUAUGCAGUCAGUCACAUUUGAAGUAAACAUGUAAUUUGGUAACAAUGGUAACCAAGUUUUAUUGUUUUGUUUUCCUUCAUAUUUAAAAUAUUUAACAAUUAUAAAAUCUAUUCCUCAUAUGUUAAUUGUUUAAUCAAACUUGUAGGGUCGUAAAAAACAAAUACUACUGUAUCUGCCACUACUGUGUGUGUAUAUAUUGUGUGUGUAUGUGUGUGUAUAUAUAUAUAUAUAUAUAUAUAUUGUGUGUGCGUUUUUGUGAUUUAUGUAUUACGCUGGUAUUACGACAUUAACAUAAAAUAUGAGGAAAUUUCAUGAGUCCUAAUAUUUAAAAUAGCUUUAAAAACAUACUAAACAAUGUUUUAUUAAAAAUGUAAAAAUGCAAAAUGUUUUCUGUGAUGGGUAGGUUUAGGGGUAGAGAUGGUGUAGGGGGAUAGAAUGUACAGUUUGUACAGUAUAAAAACCAUUACGCCAAUGGAAUCUCCUCACUUUGAUAGCAAAACAAACCUGUGUGUGUGUGUGUGUGUGUGUGUGUGUGUGUGUGUGUGUGUGUGUAUACAUACACACAACCUUCAAACUACAUGCGGAAGAGAUGAGAUCAGAAACUGGGAUGAUAAAGGCUCUGGAAAGCAUCUGGAUCCUUUUACAGCGAGAAAGUUUUUCAUCAAUUUCAACUACAUUUCCCAGCAGCGUGCAAAAGAUAAUCGAUAAUCAACUCACACUUUUACUAGCUCUUCUGUCUUGCUAGUAGUGUAUUUGGUUUUGUUGACGUUUCUGGUUUGCCAUUUGUUGAAAAUGUAAGUUGUAAAUUAGUAAAUAUCUUGCUCAAUUGUAGUCUCUCUAUCUUCUUCUGGCCUACAGGUUUCUCUUAAUCGACGUACUAUAUUCUGUCAAUCUCAACAAGCUUAUAAUGAUGAAACACCAUGCUGGGCUGCAGCCGUUACUGUCUGUCUUGUGUUUGCUUUUUUUUUUUUUUUUGAUCAUGUUCUGUAACACUUGUCUUGCACCAUAUUCAAGCAACACAAAACAACCUCAAUUUGGAGCCCAGCUUGUGUGUGUAUGUAUGUGUAAAACACUUAAUUUAGACUGUUUUGUUAGUCAUUUUGUUUAUUUUCCAAACAGAAUGAUUGCCUGGUGGGGAGCCAGAGUAACUUGUAAUGCUGGUCUCAAAUCUUCUCUCUCUGCGGAUGCCUCCAGCAACCCCCUCCACUCCUGCCGUGUGCAAAUAGCUAUUUUUUUUCCACAGAUGUCACCCAUUGUACACUUGCUGUCAAAAUGCUGUCUUCUCAUCAUGUAACUUUGGUGCACUUUUUCAGAGCUGCGUUUCUCUCCUUAAAAGGUGCAAUGUUAGUAAAUUUAGGAUUUAUAUAAAUCAAUUAAGAGGUAAACAAGAUAACGAACAUGUUGUGAGUUGAUUCAACGCAUCACAUUCUUGGAGAGUGGUCUGUAGUUUCACAGCACAGCUGUGGGUUUGUGUUUUCUCUCACUUGUUAACACAAAACAGUCCAUUCACACUCUUUCACACAAACACAUAAACACACACAAACACUUGUAUGAAGCGGACACUGCUGCCCUUUUGAACAGGCUGGAUAAUUGGCCCCAUUCAGUCACUGUGUGUGUCAGUAUCUGUUGUCUGUAUAUAGUGAGAAGAGGAUGUGGCGAAGGAAGUGAUGGGUUGUUUUAUGCCUCUUCAUAAUUGAAGAACAAAUGGGGGAAGGAGUUCAUUGUCUGAGUUUUCUGAAAUCCCACUAGCAUUUUAGAAUUUAAAUCAAUAAUAGUAAAAGUUUUAUAUAUUUAAAUUAUGUAAUUAAAUGCAGAAAGUAUGUAUUUAAAUCUGAAAUGUAAUAUUUCACAGGGCAACUAUAUUUUUAGUAUUUAAAAAUAUUAUAUUUUAUAAUUUAUUAUAUUUUAUAUAUAUAGUUUUUAUAUUUUUUAUAAAUAGGUCCCACUAUAUAAUUGUAUAAAAUUAAUUUUGUAAUAAUGUAAUUUUUAUCUUGCAGGUAAAUCUGGAGCACAUGGAAUGGAAAAGACCUCAGGAAGGAAAAUAUGGACACACUUAAUUAAAUUAAUUUUGUGGGCAAAAUUAGAUCUCAAUCACAAUAAUUAUAUUGGUAUUAGAUCUCAAUCACAAUAAUUAUAUUGGUAUAAGUCUUUUUGGAAAUGUUUACUGUGUCUACUGUGAUAUUAAAAGAUAUCAAAAAUU